GCUGGCUUUUCCCUUGGUCUGGGUUUUAGUCUGGAAUUUGCAUCUCUUUUUGCAUACAGAGCUUUUUUCCCCCCAACGCUUUCUGUUCCUGUACCAAGCUGAAGCGGCUGGCAUGGUUGUUCUGGCUUGAUAGCGGCUGGCGACACCCUCGGGUCUCCUUUUGCUGGUGCCUGCCAGCGGCUCUGCCUCUACGGAUAGGAGUAGCAUGACUGCCGGCUCCCCCUGAUCCUGCUGCCGGCUCCCCCUGAUCCUGCUGCCGGCUCCCCCCGAUCCUGCUGCCGGCCACAGCCCCCGCCUUGCCCUGCUCACCGCCUCCCCCCUCCCCGUCAUCAUGGCUUUGCUCCAUCCCUUUGCCAGCCUCCUCCUCCUCGCUCUGCCCCUCUCCCGGGCUGCAAACCAGUCCUCGCUGCCCCGCGGCUCGCUGCCCGCCGUGCCGCCGCUGCCGCUGCUGCAGCUGCUGCAGGGGCAUGCGGCGGGCGGCCGUGGCUGGCGAGCCGUGCCGGCCAGCGGGCAGCCCCUGCGCUACAUGCUGAGCCUGUACCGCCGAGCAGCCGACCGCGAGGGCCGGCCCCGCCACGGCCGCCGCAUCGGCACCAACACCGUCCGGCUGGUCCGCGCCAGCGCACACCGGGCUCAGCCCUGGGCAGGUCGCUGGUACAUUCAACCGCUCACCUACCACCUGGAGGGCCAGCCCGAGGCUGAACAUCUCCUCCGAGCCACUGUGGUCUACCUGCCCAGCCUGCUGCUGGCCCACAGCCGCCUACUCUGCGCCCUGGAGCUGGCGGCUGCCAGCGAGGCGCCCAGGGCCCUGCUCAGCCCUGCUGCCCGCCCCCGGCACGGCUGGGCCGAAGCAGACGUCACCCCUUACCUGGCGCUGGGCAAUGGCAGCGCGGGGAGCCUGGCGCUGCGGCACGUGUGUGUGCACGCCGGCCGGGCAGGGGGCCGCCAGGCUCCAGAGACCCCCAGCCACCCCUUCCUCCUCCUCUACCUGAACGACACCCAGGCUGGGCUGGAGCCCCUGCCGGCAGAGCCCCACCGGCACCGGCGUGACGUGGGGCUGCUGGCCCACGACCUGCCCGGCUACCUGCGGGAGCAGGGAGGGGAGAAGAGCGACUGCUCCCUGCGCCCCUUCCCCGUCAGCUUCGCCCAGCUGGGCUGGGACCACUGGAUCAUCGCUCCCCACCGCUACAACCCGCGCUACUGCAAGGGCGCCUGUCCCCGCCUGCUCCGCUACGACUACCACGCGCCCAACCACGCCGUGGUGCAGAGCUUCAUCCAUCAGCUGGUGGAUGCCAACGUGCCGCGGCCCUCCUGCGUCCCCUACCGCUACAGCCCCAUCAGCGUCCUCAUGAUGGAGCGCGACGGCGGCAUCCUCUACAAGGAGUACGAGAACAUGAUCGCAGAGUCCUGCACCUGCCGGUAACGGGCGCCUGGCGCUGCCCCGGCACCCGCAGCCUCUGCCCGGCCCCGCUGCCUCUGGACUGGAGGGUUUGUCUCGCUUCGGCUGGGGUGGGUCUGGGCUCCCCGCUCCCCGUGUGGCGCUGCCCUGCAGGAAGGUUUUACGAUGGCAGUUUUAUGUGAGUUGUAGGUUUUUAAAGGCAGGAGCCUGUGCUGGGGUGCUUGCCCCGUGGUAUUUGUCCUUCCUGCAGCCCCACAGCUGCUGCCUGGUUUUGGGGGGCGGGGAGGGUUGGGCUGAGUCCCUGGACUGAAGCAUGAAGCUCUUGGAAGGCGCUUUGGGGGUCUCCUGGUGGAGCCAGGGCAGGGAGGGCGAACACUCCAGGUGUCCCUGUGCUUGGCACCAAACUGAUGCUGUCAGGAGCUUGGAGCGACCUUGCCUGGGGGAUUCCUUCCUGGUUCACAUGCGCCUCAUCCUGUCUGUUCCCAGCUGCGGUGGUGUCUCACCAAGAUGGGAAUUGGGCUGGGGUGGGGAGGGGUGUCAAGCCUCUCUCCUCCCCUGCAGUUCUGUUCUGAGGGGCUGUGGAAACUGGAGGGACCCAAACUGCCAGCUCUGCUCCCGGUGCUGGUGCCAGGGAACUUAAUGCAUUGGGCUCCACUGCUUCCUCUGUCACCCCUGUCCUUCACCUAUGGCUUGCCCUCUAGCAGGGCUCAGAUCUCACCCUACCCCAGGGGUCAGACCCCUGUUGUAUUGUCCCUCUGCCUUUUUUGCACCCUUGCUGUCCCACGAGGCUCGGGCUCUGCUGGGCUCCUGGCCUGCCUCCGUUCCUGGAGGGGUCUGUCCCACUCCCACCACCCCUGCCACCUGGCUUUCCCCUAUUUAUUGCUGACUG